CCAGCAUCUGCAGUUCCUUCUUAAACACCCACGACAUGCUGCCUGACUCGCUAAAUUACUCCAGAAGAGAAUGUUAUGUCAUGUUGCUACUGACAGGGUACCGGCGCCCAACACGACACGUGUAGGAAGGAUCUGUAGAUGCUGGUUUAUACCGAAGAUAAACACUAAAUGCUGGAGUAACUCAGCGGGACAGGCAACACCUCUGGAGAGAGGGAAUGGGCGACGUUUCGGGUCGAGACCCUUCUACAGAACCGGGCCCGGGCCUCCAACCGGCGCCUAGCAACCGUUGCUUGGCGAUGAGUCACGUUCGCAUUGGUCUGGCCCUGUGAAUACAAGCGCCCCUGAUUGGUUCGGAUGGUUGAGGUGAAAGGUGACAGUUGCUUUGCUGCGCACCGGGAAGUCACGCGUGUUCCCAUUGGCCGAAAGAAUGGAAGCAGAAGCAGCUGCUGAUUGGUUAACGACGUUCGGGGUGAGAGUUGACUGUUCCCGGAUGGUGCGUGGAGGACCAGGUGGAUAGCUUUAAAUGGCGUCAAAUUCAGACAAAACAACUGGGACUGAAAGUCAGUCAAGCAAUAGAACACUGGAACGAUGUCUUAAGGUUCUACAGGAUGCAAAGAAUGAUAAUGAACAAUUUGCUGCACUUUUACUGGUGACCAAAGUGGUGAAGGCAGGUGAAACUGAUGCAGACUCUCGGCGACGGAUAUUUGAUGCUAUUGGAUUCUCUUUCCCAAAUCGACUCCUUAUCACCAAGGAAUCCCCCAGUGGUUGUCCCAAUUUAACUUUCCGAGCUCUGGGCAUGACUCUGUUUGCAUGUUUUUCCACAAAUCCAGAAAUGGUUUCUCACCCUCAAAUGUUAAAUACAAUUCCCAUUUUCAAUGAAAUUGUCAGUUCAUCAAUAGAACCUGGAGCAGAUAUUACCACCUUCACAUCAAUGAUUGAAGAUUCAUAUCAGUGUCUUCAGGCAAUAUCCUCUUCUCCUGAAGGACAAAGACAUUUAAUAACUCAAGGAGCAGUGUUUGCAUUAUGUCGUGCUUACCUAAACCAAUGUCAUGGCUGUGAGAAGGCAUUGUAUCUUCUUGUCUGCCUGCUGAAUGCAAUGGAAAAAGUAUGCUGGAACACUUGUAAGCCAGAGCUCCUGAAGGUGCGCAACAUACUUAGUGAACAGUUUGCUACAGAUCAAGGUCAUCAGAAAUUUGAAUUGUGUAACCUGAUGCAGCAUUUUCUACCUACCCCAUCUGAGGAUCCAACAGAGGAUCCAACUUUCACCACUUGCUUGAAGAACUGUUAUAUUGGUCUCUUCAGUAUUCUAAGCAGUAAAUUGAGUAUCUCACAAAGGGACCCAGCACUGAAACUUGCUGGGCUCCUGUUGGCUGUUUAUGGCACAGACUGGAUUAUGACAGUAAAUGCUGAAAAAAGACGUAAAUUCUUAUCGUUGUUAGUGAACCUGGCCUGUGUGGAAGUUCGGAUUUGCUUGGAAGAUCCCAGUCUAGAGGCAGCUUACUCUAAACCAGAUGUCAUCACAGCAUGCUACAGUAUAAUUGAGUUUGGGAUGAUGGUUUGUGUGCUUGACGAUAAAGUCCAUUUAACCGAAGCUGAAAGUAGACAAUUAAUUGGAAUAAUGGUGGAGGCCUUUGGAGCGAUCAUUGACUAUAUUAAACAGGUGAAAGAAGAACAACUGAGAGACCCAUUUCUGUUUGCCUCGAUCAGAGUAUUAGGUGCAUGGAUGGCUGAAGAGACUUGUGCAUUAAAACAGGAAGUCUGUGAUGUGCUGCCUUUUCUGAUUCAUUAUGCUCGGGUUCUGUUUGAAUGUCCAAUUAGAUCAGAUAACGUGGACAAUGAAGUAAAGGAACUCUCUCUAACGGAUAGUUCUGAGGCAAAAACCUGGUCGAGGGAUGCUUUGAGGUUCUUGUUACCUGGAUUUUGUCACCUUUCAGUUGAGGAUGCUCCCCGGAGAAUCUUAAUUUCACAUGGGUUUCAUGUUUUGCUUCUCCGCUAUUUUACACAACAGUGGGAAGUCUUCAGUUCUUGCCAAAAUGCACAGCGUUUACCAGAUAAAACAGAGAUGAAUCUCCGAACGGCCUGUGGAAUUUUCCUGAAUCUUGUAGUAACUGACCCUGCACUGAUAAGGCAGGAAGAGUGCUUCUUAACAUUACUUAAUUUGUUAAUGGAAUCCUUGCCUUCACUGCUCUGCAACCAAAGUUACCUGAUUCUUGCUGCUAAUUUUACCACUUUGGGAUUAAUGAUGAGCCGCAUAUUGGCUGGCACUCCAGUGCUUCAGGAAAACUCAGUGCCCCAGGGAUUUUUCCAAGAAGCAAUUCAAUUUCUUUCAAAAGCACAUGCGGCUGAAAAGGAAGAGGCAGCUCAAAGAACACUUAUUGUCCUGACUGAGCGAUACCAGGAAGUUUGGGAUCAAAUCUCUGAGCUUUGGUUUCUAGGAAUGCAAGCUUUUAGUGGUUGCAUACCUUUAUUGCCAUGGCUACCACAAAAUGUAAUUGAAUCGAAGUGGAUGAAUAAUAUUUUUGAUUUGCUAACUCAAGCUUCCCCCACGUCUGUUGAGCUUGACCUUGUUGCUGCCUUUCAAUGUGUGUUAGCUGAGCUAGCAAAGAACAAUAAAUCAUGCAAGGACUUUAUGUUACUCAAGAAUGGUGCAGAGAGAGCAAACCUGUAUGGAAUGUCUAUUUUGAAAGAUGUUCUCUGCAAAAAUUAAAAACCUAAUCUUGCUGUCCUGAAUUUGCUAGAUUAAGCAACCAGCGUAACUAUUUGAAGCUUCAGUCUGCUCUCAGAAGCUUAAUAUGUUUACCUGUGAAGAUUUUUUUAAGUAGUCACUUGAAUUUUAUGCUUUGAGUCUUUCUGCUAUUUAAAGUUUCAUCCUUAAAUGUUUUUAUAUUCAGUCAAACUUAGCAGACGGAGCAGGUUUGGCCCUGCACAUUUUUGUAACCAGAAAUCUGUUUUCUUGCACUUACUCACUUUUGUCCCUGGUUUUAAAAGUUUUAUGGUAAGUUUGAUUGAAAAGCUUAUGCCUGAAGAUAUCUUGUCAUCAACAGCAUACAAUUAAAAAGUGAGCUUUUUGCAAAGAAGUAUGUAUCAUAACUAUUUUUGCUUAAUGUAAAAAUAAUUAGUGUGUAUGUAAUGUCAACCAUCAAUGUGAUUGACUCUUGUAGUGUUGUUAUAUUUUGGAAUAAUCUAGUUUGCUUGAUGAGCUUAGUUCUGUUCAUAAUGAAAAUAAAUGCGUCAAUAU